ACAUGGUGAGUGACAUACAACUUUUGUGAUGUCAACAAGACAACAAUCUUGUACUUACCGAUGAACUGAAACUAAAUUGACAAACAAAAACACAAUUUCUCACUCUUCCAUUCCAUUUUUCACUUUCUCUUUUAAGUCUGAAACAGUAAUCCCCACUUCGCUCUGCUGCUGAAAAAGUUUUGGUUUGGCACAACCCACAAUUGGAACUCAUGGAUAGUUCAGAGAAUCUAGUAGAUUGUGGGAGUAUUCAUGAUGAAGGUAUGGAAGUUGAUAACUCUGAUGAUGAUGAAGCAUGUUGGAAGCCUGCAACGGGGAUGCGUUUUUCUUGCAUUGAUGAUGUCAAAACACUUUAUAGAGAGUAUGCUUUGAAAAAGGGUUUUCGGUGGAAGACCAGAACAUCGAAAAAAAGAGAUGAUGGAGAGACCUGCUAUGCAAUUCUUGUUUGCACAAGAGAGGGGUCUCAAGGGUCAGAAAUUCCGUGUACGUUAAAGACACCCCCAUCCAAGACAAAAAAUUGUCCUGCCAAGAUUUGUAUUAAGUUGGAAAAGGAUGGUUUGUGGUACAUUUCAAAAUUUGAAUCUAGACAUUCUCACAAGACUAGCCCUACAAAGAGAAUGGACUUGCAUGUAAAAAGAACAAUCGAAAUCAAUGAGGAUGCAGGAGUGAGGACCAUUAAGACUUUCCGAUCUAUUGUCAACAAUGCGGAAGGGCAUGAAAAUAUACCAUUUUGCGAAAAAGACAUGAUAAAUUAUGUUAACAACGAACAACAUUUAAUUGGAAAAGAAGGUGAUGGCAAGGCCUUAAUGAGCUAUUUUUCUAAAAUGAGGGAACAAAAUUCGAAUUUCUUCUACGACAUAGAUUUGGAUGACGAUUUUCAUGUAAGGAAUGUGUUUUGGGCUGAUGCAAGAAGUAGAGCUACUUAUGAGUAUUUUGGAGAUGUUGUAACUUUCGACACAACAUAUUUGACCAAUAAGUUUGACAUGCCUUUUGCUACAUUUGUAGGUGUGAAUCACCAUGGUCAAUCAACAUUACUUGGAUGUGGGCUGCUCUCAGGAGAAGACACAGAGUCAUUUGUGUGGCUUUUCAAAUCAUGGCUUCGUUGUAUGCUUGGAAAGGCCCCUGUGGGAAUUGUGACCGAUCAAUGUAAGGCUGUGCAAAAUGCCAUUGAGUUAGUCUUCCCUACAACACGCCAUAGGUGGUGUUUAUGGCAUAUAAUGAAAAAAAUUCCUGAAAAGCUCAACGAAUACAGUGAAUAUAAAAGAAUCAAGUCUGCGAUGGAAGGAGCAGUUUAUGAUACACACACAACAACUGGUUUUGAAGAGAAAUGGUGUUCCUUCAUAGACAAGUUUAUGCUUCAACAGAAUGAUUGGUUGAGUGGGUUGUAUGAAGAGCGUCAUAGAUGGGCACCAACCUUUGUAAGAAAAUAUUUUUGGGCAGGUAUGUCAACUACGCAGAGAAGUGAGAGCAUGCAUGCUUUCUUUGAUGGGUAUAUCAAUUCAACAACAAGUCUAAAUCAAUUUGUAAAGCAAUAUGAUAAUGCUCUUAGUAGUCGAGCAGAAAAAGAAUUUGAAGCAGAUUUUAAUUCACUAGAUACUACAAUUCCGUGUGUGUCAAACUCGUCCAUUGAAAAGCAAUUGCAAGGUGAGUACACUCAUGCCAAAUUCAAAGAAGUUCAAGCUGAAUUCAUAUCCAAAAUGAAUUGUGCUCCCUCGUUGAAUGUUGUCGAGGGUUGCUUUGCUACUUAUCAUGUGUUGGAGGAGGUUGUAGUUGGAGGCAGACAUAAAGAAAAUGUCUUCAAAGUUGUGUUUAAUCAGGAAAACCAGGAUUUCAGCUGUGAAUGCUCGUUGUUUGAGUUUAGAGGUAUCCUGUGUUGUCAUGUGUUAUCUGUGUGUACACGAGAAAGGGUUAAAAAUGUGCCAGAGAAGUAUGUUUUAACACGAUGGAAGAAAAAUAUUAAAAGGAAGCAUUCAUAUAUUAAGAGUAGUUAUUGCGCGAGAGAAUUGAAGCCAAAGAUGGACAGGUUUGACAAAUUGUGCAAGCAUUUCUAUGAGAUUGCUGAAGUAGCCGCUGAAUCUGAAGAUGCAACUAAGGCACUCCAUGAAACAUUACAUCAAUUUAAUUCUAAUAAGGAUGGUAUAACUGACAUUGUUAACAGAAGUUUCAUUGAUGACUCAAAUCCAAACAACGGUAUUGGAAUUCACAGUCCAGUGCGGGUUAAAUGUGAAGAUCAAGGAAGUGAACCAAGCGAAGUAAUGACAGACAGGCUACUACAGAGUGCAAUAUUGGAAUGGUGAGAAAUCAGAUCAAAAGAAACAUCCAUGUAGAAUCAUCUAUUGAGGUUGUCAGUGGCGGUGGUUUGUUGGAUUGAAGCACUGUCGUUCGUGUCCAUUUUAAAAUUAUGUUAACUAAUGUUUAAAUUCAUGAUUGAGUGUGUGGUUGUUUAUUGGAUUUAUGUGUUGUGUUACAGAUCUGAGGAAACAUAUGUACUAGUUCAGGAUUAUGUAUGUACUAGUUGGCAAUAAUUUGUACUUUAUUAGGAUAACAUAUGUACUAGUUGAGGAUAACUUAUGUAGUAGUUUAGGAUAACAUAUGUAUUGGUUGAGGAUAGUUUAUAUACUGGUUGAGGAAAUUUAUGUUUAUAUAACAUUUCUAGUGAAAACAAGGCAAAACAAGUCUUGCAUGGAUUAUGGCUUCCAUAUCAGUUACUAAAUGGGACGAAGUUGUUUCAAAGGAAAUGGAAAUCGUGGUCACGGAGAAAGGCCGGUGUUUAUUUUCUUUUGGUGCUAUAUGAUUACAUGGUAACAAGUGUUGGUUAUGACUCAUAGUUUAUUGAUAAGUGGGCAAGUGGUAAUCUUGUAAACUGGACUGUAGUAUUUAAACACAAGUUGUACUAUGCAAACCCUAAGCUUGAGUAAUAGAAAGGUAUUGAAGCCACUUUGCAGUCGGAGAUGUAGACACAGUUGAACAAACUUUGUGGUUUUUGUAUUUGUGUACUUUUGAAACAGGGUUGUUGUUCUGACAAUAAGUACAAAUCCUUUAAAUGAGUUUCGAGGAAUUGAUUUCAGGUAGUUCGUCUAUGUUUUUUAGUCAAUGUGUAUCAACUCUUUCAAGUUUUUCAUGACAUACAAAGGAUUUGUUAUGGUCAAUGAUUAGCUUCUUCUACAAGGAUUUACGAAAUGCAAGUCUCUUGGUGCCUUAGCCAUGGUCCAUGCAGAAAAUGGAGAUGAUGUGUAUGCAGCGCAACAGAAAAUGAUAGAACUUAGACUAACUGGUCUUAAAGGACAUCCUCUUUCAAGGUGUGCAGUGUUAGAAGGAGAGGCAACUUCCCGUGCGAUUCGCUUAUACGUGGUUUAUGUAAUGAGCAUUGAUGUAAUGGAAGAAAUCGUGAAGG